AUGUACGUGGAUUGCGGGACCGCCGAGGCAGCUCAUGGCGGUGGCAGUGGCGGUGGUAUUGACGGUGACGGCAUGGGCAUCAAGGCCAUGAAGCCCUUUGGCAGACCCAGAGAUAUUCCGGCACAAGUGCCGCCACUUACGCCUGGAACCAACAAGAAGAUGACCGAGGCCUUGAAGGCCUCCUUCGCAUCGUGGGAAAAGGAACAAAUUCGCCUCAACAUAACCAAAGAUCCUCGACAGUGGUCGGAAUCGGCGGUGGCUAAUUGGAUGCAAUGGGCAAUUCGUGAAUUUUCCCUCGAGGGUGUGGCAAUGCAACCCUGGCAACACAUGACGGGAAAGCAAAUUUGCGCCAUGGGCAAGGAGUCAUUUUUGGCCCGAGCUCCUGUAUUUAUGGGCGACAUACUCUGGGAGCACCUUGAGAUACUACAAAAAGACGUCGAUCUCGAAAAAGCGUCCUUGGAGAACAUGCCGGCGAACCUCUACGAGAGCGUAUGCGUCCCGGAUCUCGGCGAGUUCCUGGGCUACCAGGGCAACGCGGGCGGCAGCAGCGUCAGCGCCUCCGGCGUCGGGGGCAGCUCAUCCGCAGCUGCUGCUACCCCGGAGAACAAGGGCCCGGCAACCCCAGCCAGCGGUUGCUCGAGCAUCUCGAGCAACUCUGCGGCGAGCGCCAUAUCCGCGCCCUCGCCGAUCGCCGUGACCCUGGUCCCGCGGCAGUACCACACCGACGGUGAGUUAUUCACUCAUAAUCCUCAUAAUCUCAUAAGUUGGAAAUCGCCCGAACCCAUACGAAAAAUUGUCUACCCUCGAGAAGUUCGUAAGGAGCACGCGUGGCUCGAAUCAGGAGCCUGGUGGUUCCGCCUGGGCGGAAAUCACAAAGCGAAUCACGAGUCUGUGGCGUAA